AUGUCUCCCACCAAGCCUCUUCCCGCCGACUUCGAGUGGGGUUUCGCGACAGCUGCCUACCAAGUUGAGGGUGCUGUUGAAGAGGACGGCAGGGGCAAAAGCAUUUGGGACACCUUCUGCCACCUCGAGCCCACGAGGACCAAGGGCGCGAAUGGUGACAUUGCCUGCGAUCACUACCAUCGAUACGAGGAGGACUUUGACCUCUUGACCAAGUAUGGGGCCAAGGCAUACAGGUUCUCCCUCUCAUGGUCACGUAUCAUACCUCUGGGUGGACGAGAUGAUCCCAUCAACGAAGCCGGCAUCGCCUUCUACAAUAGGCUGAUUGACUCUUUGCUUCGCCGCGGGAUCACGCCGUGGGUUACUCUUUACCACUGGGAUCUGCCUCAGGCCCUCCAUGAUCGAUAUGGAGGCUGGCUCAAUGUUGAAGAGUCUCAGAAGGACUUUGAGAGGUAUGCACGCGUGUGCUAUGAGCGGUUCGGUGACCGUGUCAGGGACUGGAUCACGCUCAAUGAGCCGUGGAUUGUCUCGGUCUUCGGUUACGCCACUGGAGGCAAUGCUCCUGGGCGAAGUAGCAUCAACGAGGCUGCCACUGAAGGCGAUACCUCGACGGAGCCAUGGAUCGUCGGCAAAGCACUCAUCAUGAGCCACGCCCGCGCCGUUGAGGCGUACAACAAAGAUUUCCGGCCGUCUCAAAAGGGCAGGAUCGGGGUCUCUCUAAACGGUGAUUACUACGAGCCUUGGGACAGUGACGAUCAGCUUGACAAAGACGCGGCACAGCGGCGAAUGGAGUUCCACAUUGGCUGGUUUGCAGAACCUAUGUUGGUCUUCUCAAGCUUGGGCGAGGAUUAUCCGCGGUGCAUGAGGGACCAGCUCGGCGAUAGACUGCCCCAGUUCUCUGAGCAGGAGCUCGCAUUGCUGCGCUCUGCGAAGGAGAUCGACUUCUACGGCAUGAACUAUUACACCUCACAGUAUGCCCGGCACAAGACCGGCUCUCCAUCAAAGACUGACUACAUCGGCCACGUCGAGACAUUCCAGGAGAACAAACAGGGUGUCUCCAUUGGCGAGCCUAGUGGCGUUCACUGGCUGCGGUCGACGCCUCAGUGUUUCCGCAAGCACCUUGCCCGUGUCUACCACCGGUACAAGAAGCCGAUUUACAUCACUGAGAAUGGAUGCCCUUGUCCCGGAGAAGACAAGAUGACACGAGAGGAGUCGGUACAGGAUGCAUACCGGGUGAAGUACUUUCAGGAUCAUCUGGAUGCCAUCAGCCAGGCCGUAUACGAAGACUCUGCUGUCAUUUCUGGGUACUUUGCCUGGUCUCUAAUGGAUAACUUAGAGUGGUCUGAUGGAUACGGUGUCCGGUUCGGUGUUACACACAUGGACUAUGAGACCUUGGAACGGACUCCAAAGAGAUCAGCUCUUGCACUAAAGCAGAUGUUCGAGGCGCGGAUGAAAGCCAGUCGAAACACUGGCUCAUGA